AUGAUCAACAAGUGCUGCUGUUGCUUUCCUUUGAGGAUUGGUGUUUUCAUCAUCGCUUUGUUCUCUUUUCUUGCCAGCACUGCUUCUCUCGUUUGGUUGAUCAUCAAUCGAAAUCAAAUCCAAGGAUAUGAAGGCUACUCAUAUUUCAACAUGGACGCAGUCUUUUACGUCGGCAUUGGCCUCGCAUCACUUAACAUUGCUGCUGGCUUGUUUGGAUUGAUUGGCACAACGGCACAAAAAAGAGGCUUGGUUGGCAUCUUUCAAUUUGUGUAUUGGAUCAUGGCCAUUUUGACACUCGUGGUUACUGUUGCUACGUGGAUCUUUUUGCUUGUCCGCCGAUCCGAUAUUGAAGCUGGUUGCCAAGAAGGCAUUGAGCAAAUGGAAUCGAGUGGAUACACAACAUUGGGAUCAGAAAUAGCAGACAUGUGUUCUCGUGGAAUGCAAGGUUUGCUGAUCGGCGGUGGUGUAGGUGUCUUUAUUGGCAACAUCAUCUCGCUUUACUUUGCUUGUGUCGUAUCAGCCUAUGCUUCCCGUCUCAAGCGAAGCAACCAACACCUCCCCUUGCGCGACCUCGAAGACUUUCCCCAGCCUGCUUACAAGACUGCAUACUAA